AUGUGCGUUAGGGGAGUUACAUCAGUGAUUAUAAAUAGCGAGUCCCUUAAGGCGCAGGCGCGGGUUUCCGGGCUGGAAGUGUGCCGCUUCCGCCGCGAGCGGUCGUUGACGCGUGCAUUGUCGCUGCCACAUUCCCCGCCGGUGUCGACGUUUUUAAAUAGAGGACCGAUUACGAGCGUCUGGCUGCGGCGCCGGGCAUUUGACCGCGCGAAAGUGCACCGCCCGCCGCGUCACGGGCUAUUUGCGACGUCGCAGCCCGGACUAGCUCCUAAAACUGGCCUAGAAUCGAAUACCAACCUGUAUAAUAGCUCUUCUGGAACGAAUUCAUUUCUACUUAUUAAAUAA